AUGGCAGCUUAUGCAGCUCUUGUUUCUCUAAUCAAUGUUCUUGAUCACAUCCAAAUUCAUCCUCGCAUUUCCAACUGCUUCGACAAGGGACAGAUGGAAUCUCUUUCCGAUCAUCUCAAUUUCUUGUUGGAUUCUGUAGAGAUUACUCAUUCUCGUGGAGUUGUAAGCGAAGAAUAUGAAGUCUUGGAGGGCCAGAUUACAUCAGCAGCCUAUUCGGCUGAAGAUGUAAUCGAAUCUCAUGUAGUUGACCAGAUUCAUUCCGGUUCGAUUUCGUUCCUUGAUCUACAGACAGUAAUACAAGACAUGGAUUAUGUCAAGUAUAAGGUUGUCAAUUUUAAAGAAGAACGGAGAUUCAAAGAUCGUCAAAAGGGCCCCACAUAUUCGUUGCAUGCUCCUCCUAUUACUUCAUCAUGUAGCGGAAAGAGCAAGAUGGUGGGAUUCGAUGAGGAGUUGAGUCAACUUUUGGAUGCUCUCACCGGACAACAAUCAAGUCUGCAAGUCAUAUCGAUCGUAGGCAUGGGCGGCAUUGAUAACAACAACGGAAGUCGAAUUAUCCUAACGACUAGGCUGUCAAAUUUUGCUAGCCAUUUUGGCUCCUCGUCGUACUUUUCAAAGAAAUUUCUAGAUGAAGAUCGAAGUUGGAAGUUAUUUUGUGAAAAGGAAUUUCUAGAGAAAGAAGUUUGCCCUCGUGAAUUAGAGAAAAUUGGAAUGAAGAUUGCUAAAAAAUGCAAAGGGCUUCCGCUAUUAAUUGUUGUAAUUGGAGGACUUCUUAGGAAGUCUUCUAGAACACAAGAAUAUUGGGAGAAUAUUUCAGAAAAUAUGAAUUCGAUUUUGGAUUCAGAAGAGCAAAACUUGGACAUAUUGUCUUUGAGUUAUAGUCACUUACCUGCCCACUUAAAACCGUGUUUUCUUUACUUGGCAAUUUUUCCUGAAGACUGUGAUAUUCGUGUGACCGAACUCAUCAAACUUUGGGUUGCUGAGGGAUUUAUAAAACCAAAUAAAUACCAAAGUUUGGAAAAGGUUGCGAAGGAAUACGUCAAGGAUCUUGUUGAGAGGAAUCUCCUUUUAGUUGGUACAUUGAGGUUGAAUGGGAAAAUGAAAACAUGCACUAUCCACGAUCUUUUAAGAGACUUGUGCUUAAAGCCAGCUCAAAAGGAGAAGUUUCUUUAUUUGAUCAAGCUAUGUGACACUCAAUCAGGCAUACAUAAGGAGCGUCGCAUUUUAUUUCCUGAAAAAACUACGGCGAUAAAUUGGGACUCUUCACUCUCUCAUAAUCAUGAGCCAGCACCCGUUACUCGUUCUUUGUUAGGCAAGGGAGGUCGGCUGCCGUUUAAGUUUAGAUUGUUGAGAGUAUUGAGUGUGGAUUAUGCUGAUACUUCUCUAAACGAUAUUUUUGAGCAAGUUAACUUGCGCUAUGUUUGGACUAACUACAGUUACGCCGAACGUGAUCAUAUUCAUCGUGCACUCCAUUUGUCAUUAUAUCUACUCUGGAAUGUGCAAACAUUGAAAAUUGGAGGUACAGAAACAUUGGUUGCACCAUCUGAAAUUUGGUCAAUGCCACAACUUAGGCAUUUUGAGUUCGACAACGGGAUAUAUCUUCCUGACCCUCCUUUAAGAAGCGAACAAAACGAUGAUGGCAUUGUUUUGAAAAACUUGCACACACUCAAGAAAGUAAUGAAUUUGAAGCUGAGUGAGGAGGUCUGUACGAGAAUCCCCAAUGUCAAGAUACUGAAGAUAAAGUACAUCGAGGAUUUGGCUGUAACAGAAUCUGCAUGUGACUACUGUCUCUACACCAUUGGCCGGUUUGAUAAACUCGAAUCACUAUAUUGUGAUUUUGGUAACUUGUCAAUGUCAGGAAAUACUCCAGAGAAGACUUCUUUAUUACGGAACCUCAAAUUUCCGACUUCGCUCCAGAGGUUGACCUUAGAGAGUAGCUACGUUCUAGAUUGGGAAGAAUUGUCAGCCAUUGGUUCGUUGCCCAAUCUUGAGAUUCUCAAACUGGGAAGUGAUUCGGUGAGAGGAUCGGAGUGGAACCCUGUUGAGGGGGAAUUCCUUCGCCUGAAAUACCUACUUAUCAACUACUGCACGGAACUGAAGCAUUGGAAUGCGGAGAGUGUUCACUUCCCGGUCCUAGAGAGUCUUGUUCUCAAUGGAUUUAUGCAACUGGAUGAGAUUCCUUCAGGUAUCGGAGAAAUAUCCACACUUGCCCUUAUUCAAAUGUGUUACUGCAGCCAAACUGCACUCGUUUCAGCCAUUAGAAUACUGGAGGAACAAGAGAGUCUUGAAAACGACUAUCUUCGAGUUCGAAUUCAGUUCUGGAGUAACAAAGAAGUAGAGAGGUUCAAGGAAAAGGUGGCCAGCUUCGAGAGCUCCGAAAGCAAUAAUUUGCAACUCGUAUGUUCAGUUUAUUUGUAA